GACAUCUGGUCAUGUGAUCACUGCUGCUUUACAGGACGAGAAGCAGAAAAGAUAAUAUGCCUUUAAGAUUCAUUAUAUGGAUGUGAGGUUCUCACAACAUAGAAUCAUCUCCAUUGAUAUUUUCUGUAUCAGAGAAUUUUCCUGACUGACUCAUCAAGGAUGGAUAGGGACAGAGACAAGAUGGUAGAGAGGAUAUUAAAUCUCACCCUAGAGAUACUCUUCCAACUUACUGGAGAGGAUUACACAGUGGUGAAGAAGAUCUCUAGUGAGCGCUGUCAGGCUCCUGUGUCUGAAGGAUGGGGAAGAACUCUGAGCCCAAUCACGGGGCCUCCACCUCACUCCCUAAUACAUGAUGAGAUCAAUGAACAGAAGCUUCUAGAACUCAUCCACAAGAUGAUUGAGCUGCUGACUGGAGAGGUUCCUAUAAGGUGUCAGGAUGUCACUGUCUAUUUUUCCAUGGAGGAGUGGGAAUAUGUAGAAGGACACAAGGAUCUGUACAAGGAUGUCAAGAUGGAGGAACACCAGACCCUGACAUCACCAGGAAGACCCAGUAAGAGAGCAACACCAGAGAGAUGUUCCAGUCCUCUUCUUUCACAGGAUUAUCAGCUUUUGAAUCUGGAUAAAGAGCUGAACAAUAUUAAUGUUACCGAGACAUAUGUGACCGGUGAUGAGGACCGAAUGGAGAACAUUCCUACAGAUACAUAUGAGUGGAGUAAGGACCAAUGUAAGGAGGACAUUCCUGUGAGGGGUGAUGCCCAGGGUAAGGAGGAACCUCCUACAGAGACCUAUGCAUGGGAUGAUGUGCAUUGUAAGGAAGAACCUCCUAAAGAGCCCUAUCUGUGGGAUGAUGUGCAUUCUAAGGAUGAACCUCCUACAGAGACCUGUGCGUGGGGUGAUGCCCAGUGCAAGAAGGAACCUCCUACAGAGAUUUAUGUGUGGGGUUAUGAGAAGUGUAAGGAGGAAUUUCCCACUGUUACCUAUCCAGCUGAUGACUGUACUGGGAGCUCAGAGGGACAUCAGGUAUCUUCAGAAUUUAAAGUAGAAGAUUCUGGCAUCAUACAAGAUACACACAAAGAGCGUGCGGUUAUCUCAGAUAUAAUCUCAGCCUUUCACAAUAAAGAUCUAUCAUCUGAUCCUUUUCAACAUCUUCUAUCUUCUGGUUCAUCAAAGACUGUUAAGCAAAAUACAAGUCACAGAAGGGAUGUUGUACGUCGAAGAGAGAAAACAAGGAAGAAGUUGAUGUCAUGUUCAAUAUGUGGAAAGUGUUUUACGCUGAAAUCUAAACUGUAUAGACAUCAGAGAAUUCACACAGGGGGGAAGCCGUUUUCAUGUUUUGAAUGUGAGAAAUGUUUUGCUCGGAAAUCACAUCUUAUUGAACAUCAGAGAAUUCACACAGGAGAGAAGCCGUUUUCAUGUCCAGAAUGUGGUAAAUGUUUUGCACAGAAAACAACACUUGUUAUACAUCAGAGAAUUCACACGGGUGAGAAGCCAUUUUCAUGUUCAGAAUGUGGAAAAUGUUUUACUUGGAAAUCACAACUUCUUCAACAUCAACAAACUCGUAAAGGGAAAAAGCCAUUUUUAUGUUCAGAAUGUGGGAAAUGCUUUGUAGGGAAAGCAUGUCUUGUUGAACAUCAAAAAAUUCACACAGAGAAGAAGCCGUAUUCGUGUCCAGAAUGUGGGAAAUGUUUUGCACAGAAAACAACACUUAUUUUACAUCAGAGAAUUCAUAUAGGGGAGAAUCCAUUGUCACAUUCAGAAGGUGGGAAAUGUUUUAGUGUUGAAUCAAAUCUUGUACAACAUCAAAGAAGUCACACUGUGUCAGUGAAGAAGCCAUUUUCAUGCCAAGAAUGUGGGAAAUGUUAUACUCGGAAAUCAUAUCUUGUUGCACAUCAAUUAACUCACACGGGAGAGAAGCCAUUUUCAUGCCCAGAAUGUGGGAAAUGUUAUACCCGGAAAUCACAUCUUGUUGGACAUCAACUAACUCACACAGGGGAGAAGCCAUUUUCCUGUCCAGAAUGUCAUAAGUGCUUCAUAAGGAAAGAAAAUCUUGUUGAACAUCAGAAAAUUCACACCGGGGAGAGGCCAUUUUCAUGCCAAGAAUGUGGACAAUGUUUUAGCCGUAAGUCAGUUCUCGUUCGACACAUGAGAAUUCACACUGGAGAGUUUUCAUGUACUGUAUGUGGAAAGCGUUUUGCCCAAAAAUCGGGCCUAAUUGCACAUCAUGAAAUUCACACUGGAAAUACUUUUCAUGUCGAGAAAGUAGGAAAUGUUUAGCUAAAAAUUCAUAUUUUCUUAAACCUCAAACAACUUGCUCAAGGUAGUAGCCAAUUUUUUACUGGUUCCCUCAUCUUGACGUAACUGAUCAAGGAGGUGAAGGUGAACUUACUACAGCCUGACCUACAGGGAUGGUAUAUAAUGCAAUUGCCAUGAUUGUAGCUGGCUCCAGCCUGAGCUAUUUAACCCCUUAAGGUGACGCAGUCAAUACUAACCACAGAAUGGAAAUAGUUAAGCAGAUGGAGGGUACUCUCUCUUUAUACUCCAUUGUCUGUAUUCUCAGGCAAAGUGAUUACUGUGUGAUUACGGCUGGUAUGGCAGCCAAAGGCUUAACGAUGGCCUCUAGGUCUGUAGAAGUACAAAAGCCAGUUAGACCUUGCAUAAGGGGUUAAUAGGCUGCCUAUGUCAGUAGACUACUAAGAGGCAGACAUAAUGGACUGCACUACAUAAUGUAGGAUUGCAUGCUCAAGUUCCCUUGUGGCUUCAGUAAAGAAAAAUAUAUUAUUAAAAUUUUUAUAAAAACAGUAAAAAGCCCCUAAAAUUGCAAUAUUACAAUAUUGUCAUUGCCAUUAUUUCCGCUGCAUAUAGAGAGCUGUAAAAAAAAAAAAAAAAUAAUAUACAGUCAUGUUUUCUGUUCAUCCUGCCUCUCAGAAGCAGAAUAAAAAGAAAUAAAAAAUCUGUAAGUAACCAAAGAUAGUACCAAUAAAAGCUAUUGAGCAUCCCAAAAAAACAAACCCUCACACAGCUCUGUCCAUUGAAAAAUAAGUUAUUACUUUCAGAAUAUGGACACACAAAAUAAUGGUGUCUCUGAAGGUUCUUAUUAAUCCAGGUCAUGUAUACCUGGACUUGUAUUUUCUGUUGACGACAUUUCACUAGCCAUCCGACUGACUUUCUCAAUUAGCAUGACUGUUGCAAGAAAUCUACGACAUCAAAUACUGGUGACUCAUGCUGUAGUCAGUAUAAUCUGUUUAUCAUAAUCAACACAAGGUCAAUGAGCUCAUGAAGGUAAUAUGUUGAUUGCAAUUUGCAUGACAGAAGUGCAGAUUGCACUUACAAUGCUGUUGUAACACUUCUCCUGAGGCAGCUUAUUCACACCUAAUGGCUUCAGUUCUGCAACUUGCAAUCAAGAUCUUACCUUUACCUCUGUGAGGUCCUUGACCUCAUGGUAUGAUAAACAGAGUAUACCGACUGAAGCAUGAGUCACCAGUAUUUAAUGCUCAAAAUAAAAUAAUCACAGAUUGUGUUUAUACCUGACAAAUAAAUCUGUCCAG